ACACACAAACAAAUGUGUUAAACCUGUCUUCUUUGUUCUCCCUCCAAUCAGUGAUGCUUCUCUUUGAAUGGUUUAAAAAAGGCACAAAGGACAAAGUUCAUGGUAAAUGAUCGUGACCUGCCAGAAAUGCCUUGCUUCUUUUUGAGGGUUUUCUUCAUUUUUACGUUUUGGUGUUUGGCCGGAUGGAAAAAAUAAAGGAGGGACAUUUGUUUUCAAAGUUGUCAUAUUUACAUUACAAAGUGAGGGUAAUAACAGAAAUGGAAGUUGAACUAAUGAACCACAAGUUCCUCAUCUGCCAGCUUUUAAAAAAAAUCUUUAAAAAAAACAAAGUGAAUAAUUAGUUAUAAAUAAAUGAUUAUUUACUGUAACUUAUUUAUGAAUUGGUUUCACAAUCUUAUUAAAUUAGUUUAAGGCCAAAAUAAAACCGUUCUGUCUUCUGUUUUGUUGUUUUUUCACAUGACUUUAAAUUGUCAUAUUGUUUGGUGAUGAGUCAUAAUGGAGGAUGGGUGAGAGACCUCUGAGCCCUCCCUCUGUCUACAUCUCGAGUUCCUGCGGAGGUCUGAAUGCGACUCUACAGACCAGAAAGCAGAAAUGUGUAGCUGUGGUCUACUGUAUCAGCUGUAACCUCAAGAUUUCAAAGCUGUUGUGGAAAUAUUGCAAAUUGUAUUGAUGUGGAGAUGAUGAUCGCAGUGCUGCUGCUCCUGACUGUGAAGUCAGCAGGAACUCUGAGCGCUGCUUGGUCCGUGACAUUUGAAAACCCAGAUCUUUGUGCUGUAAAGGGAUCAUCUGUGACUUUUAGGUGCAUAUACAACUACACAGAUGGGGAAACUGUUAGAAAGACUGGAUGGUACAAGGGACAUUUAAAAAAUGACAUCUGGAAACGGGUUGAGCUUUCAGACCUUCCGUCUUAUCACCAUCGUUAUGAAUAUCUCGGCGACGAGCAGCACAACUGUAGCCUGGCAGUUCAUGACCUGCAGGUUAAUGACACAGGAUAUUACUACUUCCACUUUGGCACGGAUACGAUAGGAAGGCGUAGUAAAACUUCUGUGUAUCUGACCGUCUCAGAGGUGAGAGCCACAGUGCAGCCGGAGAGAGUGAGAGCUGGAGAAAAGGUGACUCUUGAAUGUGCAACAUCGUGCCAAAACGGAAGCACAGUCUGGUUCAAAGAUGGACAUCCAAUGACAAAAACAUUGUCGUGGGCGCAGGCAGAAGACACUGGGAAAUAUUCAUGUACUGUCAAGGGGCAUGAGUCAGUGCAGUCACACCCUGUUGCUCUGGAUGUUCAGUAUUCUCCACUGAACGUGUCUGCUGAGGUGAGUCAGGCUGGCCUCCUGUCAGUGGGCAGCAAUGUGAAUCUGACCUGCAACAGUGCCGCUAACCCUGAAGCAGACAACUACACCUGGUACAGCUCCAGCUCCAGGCUUCAGGUGGCCUCGGGCCAGGUGCUGUCUCUUCCCUCUUUGGAGGUGUCCCACAGUGGAGUGUAUCUCUGCCAGGCCGGGAACAGUGUCGGAGAAAGCAACUCGACGGCGGUCCUGCUGGAAGUGGGAGAAACAAAGAUUAAUCGUGUUAUCCUUCUUGUUGGUAUUGGAGUCAAAGUGGUUUUGAUCCUUUUCCUUACACUGAUUAUUAUCUGGGUUCGGAAGGGGUGGUGUCAUCCUGCUGGGGACAGUGAGAUGGACAGCCAUGAUUAUGAAAACAUGAAAAUGCGAAAUCGGGAGCGCCUGAUCAUGGCCGGUUUAAGGUGAAAUGAUGUCCUUUCCACUUCCAGAUUUCAGCCCCAACGGUGCUCACUGGAACCCUCAGUAGUUUUGAAAUCCUUCCAUAACCAAAGCCGUCAGUAUGUUUUGCAACAAUAAGGUUGCAAAAGUUACGAGAGAGCUCACUGGUUUUACCAUCAUGAGAUGUUUCUUGUUUCACACCUGGGUAGUAACACACCUUUUUAAAGGCCACCAGUUGGGACUGAACCAGCUGAUAUUAAUUUGCACUAAGUGGCAGCAUUGCUUUCUAAUUACUGAUAGAUUUCCUCUGCUGCUGUGACUUUCCACAUCUUUUUGCAUCUCUCUUUCUUCCUGUGUUCAAUAUUUUUUCCCUGUGUCAUUUCUCAUUAUUACACCUAAUGGACAUCUGUGGUUUGCUUUCUUUGCAUGUGUGGAUUGGAUGGGUUUUUACUGACAUCUGGUGAGAAUUUCAUGCCAAUAGCACCUUUAGAAACAUAUUUACUUAGAAAAUUGGUGACAUGAUGAAUACUUAUUUUACCUGCUGAAUCAGCCCUUAUAUGUUGUCAAUAAAAACAAUGGCAUUUAGAAAUGUAGUUGUAAAUAGCUCUAUAUAGCGUUAGUCACUUUUACCUUGGAGGAGAGGUCAGCAGUCAUGUGACAUGAAAUUUGAAAUCUUCAUACAGUACUUUCUAUAUGUUGCCAAUAUGCACCACACUGGCAGGAAUUAUAGUCUCUACUUUAUAAGGAUUUUUAUCUUUGUCCAAUAAAUGAUUAACUUGACCUAGAAGACCUUGGUGGAUGUAAGCCAAAUUUGAAUGGAUGGUUAAGAUGACCUCACUCUGGAAUCAAUUCAGAUUUUUAGCUGUCAGACAGAAUGACACGCACAGAAAACAUAACAGGGUUAUGCAGAAAGAAAGAAGAAGAAGCUGAGCUGCAAGGUUGCCUUCGUUAAUACUGGUUCAUUGUUCAAUGUAACAGCGAAGCGGAGGAAGAAAAUAUAAAUGAUGUAAAUGAUAUAAAUGAUGUUUAAUUCAGCAAUUGAGGCCCACAAGCCUAGGUGUGAAUAGGAAUUCUCCUGGGUGAAAUUGAGAGGACAUGUGAUCACUUUAAAUCUUCCUUCACACCAGUGUGUUAUGUUAGCCACAUUGUUGAUGCGUGGACAUAUGACUUUCAUUGGUUACAACAGUUUCUGCUCCCCCUUCAGUUUACAAUAAGCAUAUGCAUUCUCUUCUGCUCACAGGUCACAUGACACUGUGGCUGGAAUUGUUAAGGUUAAUAUUAUAAAAUGUUCAGUGUUAAGUGUAACAGAAGCUUGGAUAAAUAUUGGCUGCCAUAUAUGCUAUAUAAAGACUAUUUUUGUAAAGCUUGUUGCCUUUUCAUCUGCCUCUGACUCUUCUUUUUUUUAAUUAUUAUUUUUUUAUUUUGAACUUCAGUUUGACUUUUAAAAAGGUCCAAAGUUUUGGUCUCACUGCAGUUUGCUGGAUGCUUUUCAGAAUAAAUUUCAGCUCGUCAGCAUUUAAUGAAAUUAUGAGUUGACACUGACAACACAAUACAAGCUCUACAGAUCACAUGAAAACAUCAAAUAGCUGCAAAAAUGUGUAAUAAAUGCAACUUAUUACAGCUAAGGGUCACAUGUGCAAAACUGUCUCUUUGGAUAGCUGUUAAUGAGACACUUUAUUGUUUAUUGAAAUAACUUUACACGUCACAUCUCACUUUAAUAUGGCAAAUCAAACAAAAGCAAAAUCCUAAAAUAGUGCACUUUUUAGAUGACUGUCCGGGUGUUAGAGUCACUGUCCUCUUGGUUUUCAUCCUCUCCCACUUCUCCUCAUGCUCUGCUCAGUAUCUGCUGAAGCCUUAUCGCUCUCAGGAGUUUACUCAAAGCCACACAAACAGGAUCCAGUUGGACUUGCCAGCAGCACUUAAUUGGAUUAUCAUCUUCACUGUCAUCAUCACUGGCAGGCCUUCAGUAAUAACUUCUUCAAUGUUUUCUACUUCUGGACAUUGCUUGUACAGUACCCGGUGCACUUUGUGCUGUGUGGUUACAGUCCUGUGUGAGGAAGUGUUAGCGAGAUCUCCGGAUGUCGCCUGAAGUCGACUUAUGCAAUGAACCAUGGA